ACCACAUACGUCACUCGCCGUCAUUUCCUCCCCACGUGAGACUCUUGUACAUGUGAGGAGUUUUCGCUGCUGCGAUAUUUGUCCUCGUUUACGGAUUCAAAGAUCAAUUUUCUCCUCAUAUGAUCAUCGACAGCAGGAACAUGGAGUCCGCAGAGGAGGAAGAGCAGCUCGGGUUAGAGUCCGAGGAGGAGAGUGAAUUAUCGGACAGUGAGGUGAGGAAACCGCUGGAACAUCGGCUAACGAAGCUAACAAGAACUAAACAGAGUUACCACUGAGAGGAGGAAUCCGAAAUGUUCAUGUGGAUGAAGCAAUAUUGUUAAAAUGAGACACCCGUCUGGAUAAAAUUAGACUUACAUUAUCGUAGAUUUACAUUUUACCGCAGCUAUGACUUAUUAUUGAUGACUGUGUGUUAACGAUGUUCAUCUCAUUAUUAUACCUGAUUUUAUUUUCCACAGCUUCAAGAAGCUUUUGCUCAGGGGUUGUUGAAACCAGGAAUGAACGUCCUGGUGGAUAAAGCCAAAAAAUCUGUGAAUAAUGUGGUGAGUAAAUCCACUCACAACAGAAGACACGUAUCAGUGUUGUAUGUCUAAUGUGAAUUUGGUGAUGUGUAACCAGUAGUAGUAAAAAAAAAAAAAUGAGGGGAUGGUGGGCUUUAUUGUUUGGGACAGAUAUUUUUGUUCUGAUGACAGUGCACAAAGUGGGAAACCAACUGUGGUACCCAUUUUAUUGUUGCUAAAGCACAGAGGUAAUUAUUAUAUUAUGCCUUGGAUCAAGCUGUCCAUGUCACUUGGCCAUGAUACUGAAAUUGCAUCAGCAUCACCAGUGCUGCUUCACCACUUACAGAUGUCAUUUAUUUUGAAAAGGGGAAAAAAGUGUGUUUUUCACAUAUGCCUCUUCACCCAGAGUAUUUUAUUAAAUAUGCACAAAGAUCCCUGUCGCAGGGUUCUCGUCAAAAAAACAAAAUAAACAUUGAAAUGGUGGUAAUAUUUACAAUGUUAAAUUACUAGUAAUAUUUCCACAUAAGAAUGGUUUCAAUGAUAGAAAGCUGGGAUGACCGUUUUAGAAGGGGGGAUGAGUUUUACCAUUUUCAUUUCAGGGGGAUGCCAUCCCUCCUCCUUCCCCCCUCAACUCAAGUACUGUGUGUAACCUUGUGUCUAUGUUGUGAUGCAGGAGGGGUUGAAAGCGAGCCUCGCUGACUUGCGUAAAGACCUUCCCUGGGUGGAGAGGUUGGAUCUGACAAACCCGCCCGUUGAAGACAUUCUCGCCAAAGCUGAAGGCAAAGCUCCAAAUCCAGUCAAUGGAGACGUCAACGCGGACGAUGAUUUCCAAAGGGAGAUGUUCUUGUGAGUGAAUUUAACUUUAUGUGGAGCUUGUUUACUGAUUCAAAAACAGCUGCAACAUGUAAACAACUGACUUGCUGCUCUGAAGCUGUUUAUCAUGUUAGAUGAUCCUACUCAGCAGACGACCACUUGAUGAAACUUUACUCUGUUCUAUCUAAACCUGUAAUGUCCUAAUUUUUAACCCUCAGCUACCGUCAGGCUCAGGCGACAGUGUUAGAGGCUCUACCCCUCUUAAAGAUGCACGGCAUACUCACCAAGAGGCCUGACGAUUACUUUGCAGAGAUGGCCAAAUCAGACCAGCAAAUGCAGAAGGUGCGCUCCUUUCUCCUGACUCAGAAUUUAUCUUCAUGUUAUUGAAGCUCAGAGCCUUGUGGAUUUCUUGGGUUUCCAAAUCAUGACUAAAACAUUUCUGUAUUUCUUUCUUCUUAUUUGUUCAUCUUUUUGUUGUAACAAGUACUAUUACACUCAACUGAUAUUUCUUUAAUGGUAAAGGUACUAAAGGCUGGUCUGUAUUUAUUGUAGUAAGAGUUUAUUCCUGUAGGUAUACUGGUGUUCCACUGGUGGUUAAUCAAAGACGUUUGCUCUCUUCUUUUGAACAGAUUAGGAAAAAGCUGAUCUCCAAGCAAAUGAUCAUGGAGAGGUCAGAGAAAGCCAAGAAACUGCGAGAACAGAGGAAGUUUGGCAAAAAGGUUGGUACCUCUUUCUCCACCUGGAUUUCUGUUUUUUGUAACACGCUCAUUUGAGGACAGAAUUUCACUCCCAUUUAUCAAUAGAGAGCUAUCUGUGUAAGGAUUUAACAAGAAUCAACAUGACUUUUUCUAUGUCUACCAGGUCCAAGUCGAAGUGAUCCAGAAGAGGCAGAAAGAGAAGAAAGCCAUGAUGUCUGCAGUGAAGAAAUACCAGAAAGGUGAGGGUUUUCACUGGUGUGGUUUCAUGUUGUGAUUAUUCUCUGCAAGUUUCUCUGUUACUGAUUUAAUGUCGGUGAAAAGAAAGUUAAAGCAAGAUGUUGGUUGUAAUCACAGAUUUCCUUCUUAAUGAGUGAGUUUAUUCCCAAAUGGAGGCUUAUUGGUUUCUAAUCCACCCUGCUCUUAGGUAUGACAGACAAACUGGACUUCUUAGAAGGGGACCAGAGAUCGGGUAAAGAGACUCAGCAGGGAUCCAAGAAAGUGGCCAACAAGAAGGGGUAAGCCAGAAUAACCAAGCUGUAUAUGAUUACGAAUCAGCAAUUGUGCCUUUUUUUCUAAUAAAUUUUCUUUUCCACAGCCCCAAUGCUAAGAGGAAAUACAAAGAUCAGAAGUUUGGUUUUGGUGGUAAGAAGAGUGGAAAGAAGUGGAACACCAAAGAGAGCUUCAAUGAUGUGUCCGGUUUCCGAGCUAAAGUGGCUCAUGCUAAAGGCAACAAAGGAGGAAAGAAAGGCAAAGGAGGAAAACAAAAUGUGAGUGACUCAUUUAUUUCAAAGAUAGUCUGGAUUGAUGAAUGAAGGACAGUGGUUGAAGAGAAUUUUAAUACUACUCAGUGAACAGUUUCCUCUGCAGAAAAAAAGAAACUUAAUAUCUCUCUCUUUUGUUUUUCAGAAACGUCCGGGCAAAUCAGUCCGCAGGAAAAUGAAGUCUCGCUCUUAAACUGAAUGGACAUUCGCUGGUGAAAAUGCCAGACUGGACUCUUGGUUUCAGGCAGGAUUUCAUAGGCCUGCUCCUCUAUAGGCAUCCAGAGACAUGCAGGAGAACGUGGGCUUUUUUUACACCUUUAAUUCAGUUUGCUAUGAAAUAUGUCUGGAUUGAUGUUGGAGACCCUGAGAGAGAGAGAGAAAGAGCAGUCCUGCCAAUCUGUGAAAGAAGGACCCUGAGAGAUUGUGGACUACACAGAGAUACUCAAACUACAGAGAGAAUCCGACAAUAUUAAGACAUACUGCAGACUUAAUUUUUGGCCCUUAGCCUCUUUUUUGAUAAGCCUCAGUAUCUACAUUAACCUUCUCACCAUCUCGUCUGCAUUGUGUGCCCUUCAGAGUUUAUUUUGUUUUAUUUUUUUUUACAAACUCAGCUCCUUGACUCAUCGAUUCUCCCCAUGUGACAUGACAUUUAAUAAUAUUGAGCAGCUGCUACUUUUGCCCUUUCCUCCAUUCAUUAAUAUGAUUAGGAUGUGAUGGGUAAGGCCGCUUUGUGUAGACCUGUGCGAGUGUUUGCCAUGCAAGUCUGUUUCUUUGUUUGCUCAGAUGGAAAUGCAGAACGGCAGCUUUGGCUGAUGACAUCUGAGUGUUUGAUAAAUAAAAAUCUGAUCUAAGGUUCUUACUUUUA